AUGAAAAAGCUCUACAACAAGAAAGGCGCAGUCCACCCAUCUCCAUCGCCAGCCCCCGCAGCCAUUCUCACCCUAACCACAGCCCUCUGCGACGAAGACAAGCAGGUCCUGGCCUACCUCAUCUCUCCUGCACCACCAACAACAACAACAACAACUCAGGCAGCAACAUCUGUGGUAUUUUUGGGCAUUGGUCCCCAAACCAAUUUCAUAAAACCAUCAUUACAUAUCAAAUGUGUAUGGCCAAAACUAGACUAG